AUGAAUAACAUUUCGAUCAUGAAAGGCUAUCCUCACCAUCAACCAAACAAUGAUGGCAACAAUAACCACCAUCAACAACAACCACCUUCUGUGCAGUCGCUAUUGAAUUCCUCCCAAAUAUCUCACGCUGAUUUUGAAUGCCCAUUAUGCUUGCAAUUAUUAUAUGACCCUGUUGGAUUUCACUGUGGACAUUCCUUUUGUAAAUUCUGUAUUGAACGUUUGUUAGCAUCGAAUGGAGAAAUGAGAGCAUGCCCAUGUUGCAGAGCUCCGUUUUAUGAUUCCUCAAAUGAUACUCAAUUAGUGACACUGAAUAAUAUUAGGCCUCUGUUGGCAUUGAAGAAAGUUUUACCUCUCCUUUUUGGUGACGAAUACAAGAGUAGAGGAGAGGAAGUGGAACGAGAGCGACAACACUUUUUACAAACUGUCACAAUACGUAAGAAGAUUUAUAUUGGUAAUUUACAUGCAUUAAUGAACAACAGAAACGAUCAAAACAUCCACAAGUGGACAUUUUUCGUCCGAAUGGAUGAUCAAGACAAGAUUGACAAUUAUAUUGAAUCAGUAGAAGUGAAAUUACAUCCAACUUUUAAACCCUCUAGGCUGUUACUUAACUCUCCCCCUUUUGAAUUGACUAGGUAUGGGUGGGGAUAUUUCACAAUUGGUGUAAAAAUAAUGUUUAAGGAAUAUUUAAAUAAGCCUCCUUUCAUUACGAGUCACACAUUGUCAUUUGAUGGUAAUGGUGACAUGUCGUCAGUGGAAAUGGACUUUUUAGUAAGACGAAGUAAUGUGGAUGGAUUAAUGUUCUCCUCGUUAGAGGCAGACACAACGGCGUCGAAUAAUGCUGAUAUGAAUGAGGAGGAGGAUUAA